AAAAGGAGGACAGCCAAAUGUUCACUCCACCUUCUUCCCUCCCGCUCACAUCUGUUGCUGAGGAGAUGAGAGUCCGACUCCAGACGCUUUCAUACUUUCAGAGCAUGACUGGUUUCGUGCGUGCUUGAAGUUGAAAGACAAAACCUGGAGUGCGCUCAUGUUUACAUUCUCCUAAAGCUAUACGUACUUGGACGAAGCUUUCUUUUUUAAUUCCGAGGAAUGUCCCGGUGCUGGUGCAGACAGGUCCUGCUUUGCGUGGAAGUGGGGAUUGUUGUGGUGGCGCUGGUGGCCGGCACUGCGGGACAGAGCCACGAUGGGAGAGAAGCCGGGUCAUCCUGCUACGGCGGAUUUGACCUCUAUUUUGUUUUAGACAAAUCUGGAAGUGUGCGACAUUACUGGAAUGAAAUUUAUUACUUUGUGGACCAUCUGGCUUACAAGUUCAUCAGUCCUCAGCUACGGAUGUCUUUUAUCGUCUUCUCAACACAAGGACAAAUUCUCAUGCCGUUGACAGAAGACAGAGAGCAAAUACGAGCCGGGUUGGAGAAGCUGAGCAUGGUCCACCCGGGUGGAGACACUAACAUGGACCUUGGUUUGUCAAAGGCCAGUCAGCAAAUUUACUACAGCACGGGGGAUGGCUACCGGACAGCCAGCGUCAUUAUUGCUUUGACUGAUGGUGAAUUGAGGGAAAAUCAAUUCGAUCUGGCUCAAAGAGAGGCUGGCAGAGCGCGCCAGUUGGGUGCCACUGUUUACUGUGUGGGAGUGAAAGACUUCAAUGAGACCCAGCUGUCAACCAUCGCCGACAGCGAGGACCACGUCUUUCCCGUGACCGACGGUUUUCACGCACUCCAUGUGGUCAUUGACUCGAUCCUCAAGAGGUCAUGCAUUGAGAUUCUGGCCGUUGAGCCCUCGAGCAUCUGUGCAGGAGAAUCUUUCCAGGUGGUAAUCAAAGGAAACGGUUUCUUUCACGCCCGCGAUGUUCAGAAAGUCCUCUGCAGUUUUCGCAUCAACGACACAGUGACUAUUAUGAAAAGACCUUUGGUGGUGAGAGACACCUACCUGCUGUGCCCAGCUCCCAUUUUGGAAGAAGAAGGAACGGCCGCCACGCUUCAUGUCAGCAUGAACAACGGCCUGAGUUUUAUAUCUAGCUCCGUCACAAUUACCGCCGUCACUUGUUCUGACGGCACCUUUGUGGCCAUCGCUCUCCUCAUCCUGCUGCUCCUGCUUAUCAUUCUUCUUCUGUGGUGGUUUUGGCCUCUCUGCUGCACCGUGGUUAUUCAUGAGCCACCUCCACCACCCACAGAAGACGACUUCUCUGACGACGAGGACGAUUUUUACAAGAAGAGGUGGCCCACCGUGGAUGCUUCAUACUACGGAGGCAGAGGAGUUGGAGGCAUUAAAAGGAUGGAGGUCCGCUGGGGUGAUAAGGGUUCGACCGAGGAGGGUGCAAAGCUGGAAAAAGCCAAGAACGCUCGGGUUGUGAUGCCCGAAGAGGAACCUGAGCCACCUCCAUCGCGACCACGUUACCAAAUGAAAAGACCAGUCCACCCUCACAAGUGGUAUUCUCCCAUCAAGGGCAAACUGGAUGCUUUGUGGGUUUACAUGAGACGAGGAUAUGACAGAGUGUCUAUCAUGCGACCUCAUCCCGGAGACAAGGGCAAGUGUAUCAACUUCACACGGAACAAAUCCUACCCGGCACCUCGCUACCCCAUCUACCGGCACCCCUCGUCGAAUAUCUACACGCUGCCCUACAGCUCAGAGCGUCAGCCAUCGGUGGAUGUUUUUGACUUUUCCGACUUUCCCUCUUCACCCACCGCCACGCUACCGCCACUGCCCCGCUCGCCUCCGCCGCCCUCCUACACGCCCCCUCCCUGUAAGACUCUGCCUUCUGUCUCCACGCCGCCUUCGCCCACCACCUCGCUGCCGCCGCCGCCUCAGGGUUCGCCGCCAUGUAGAGCUCCGCCUCCAUCCCGCCCACCACCGCGGCCUAGCCACGAGGACUACUGACGAAUUCCCAAGUCCGAUGGAAGCACGUUAGGGAACAUAUUUCUGCUUAUUUUUAUUUUUUUUUUAUAAUACAAGGGCUUAUGUGCAAUUUUUUUUUUCAUCAUAUUAGACUAGACUAAGCACAUUGCAAUGUACAUAUUAUUGCUUAAGCUUGUUUAGAGCCUUUUCCUUUAUCAUUGCUUUGUACAUUGCUUUGAAAUGGGAGUUGGCCCAGAGUUGGAUUUAAGGUUUGGGGAAAGUACAAAAACGAACUGGCCCAAUGUAAACAAUUGGAACCAAGCUUUGAUUCAGAACAGUAUUGACUUAAACGACAGGCUCUUUCCUCUAUCCAUUUAUCCACUUAACUUAAAAAUGACAAUUGAGUUAGUCCACUCAAAUAAUAAACACUGCCACUAUAAAAGUGCCUGAAAAAUGGUAAAUAUUCUAUUUUUAUAUGCUUUUGUUUGUUUGAACGUGUAUUCCACAAAGGUAAACUCUCAGGUGUAAAUAAGUCAAUGGAAUCAGCUAAUACAUUCAUAAUUUUUGAUGUGCCAUUAUUUUUUUCCCCUUUGUGGUUUUUGUGGAAUCUACAACAAAAUAAAAGGUGUAGAACACUAA